AUAUCGGAUUUACCCAAAUUGCGUUUAAAAAAACAAUAUGACCAAGAUAAACUUACGAGCUCUCGUGUUUCUUCCAAAGCCAAGUCACAACUGAAGUUCAUUUUCAACACGAGUCCGCCAUAAAAAGGGCUCAAUCGCUUUUUUUUAAUAGCCGAUUCUACAGGAUUCAACUGGUGAACUUUCAGAAAUAACAAACGUGCUACUUUCCAACACGUCAGCACCAGAAACAAAUCGCCCAUUAUUUGGUUUCGAGAUUGGCUCUGAAGCAAUUCCCAAUUCCGCGUAUUCGUAUCGUUCUCGCGGAUAUGCGUGCACGCGCGAAAACGCAAAGAUAAAACGGAAAACAAACGCAAACGUGUAAACGUUUUAAUUCGAAACGAACGCGUGUAGACAGAAAGGGCCUGCGGAGGAGGUAGUGUAGACAGGGUCUUAGUUCGCCGAACUGCUUAAAAAAUCAACUGCCAUCGGUUUGGUUAAAUUAAGAUAAAGUGCUUGCUUUCCGACUGAGCCAGAAGAAAUCGGUAGGGUAUGUAUAACACAUGCAUGAUUACGCAGUAUGACAUAAUAUAACAUUAUUGCUUUCUUUCCUCCGUAUAAUGUGGUUUUAUUUUAUUUUUGAGUUGAGUUCAUUUUAUCAUUAUUAUUCUUCACAUUCAGGUGUUCAGUUGUGUCCUUAUUCCAAGUGACUGUAAAGCGAUAUCACUGACCGAAUGAAGUUAUCGCUAGACUCGGAAGUUAUCGCAAAUAAAAUAGCGAAUCUAAUGUGAAUUUGAUACGAAGACGGAAAAGCUAUACAUGUUUAGCAUAUAAUAUAUAUGCCAAGUCACGAGUUCGCCGCGAGUAAUAUAGAUGUAAACAAAAGUCACAAGAAUUUACACAAGUAAUUCGAUACAUUCCAGCACAGCGUGUCACGGGUGUACACAAAUUCACAGAAAUGAGAGCUAAGAAAUUUUUGCUAAAUAUGUAUGUGUGUCUGCUAUUAUCAAUGCUCCGCUCCCUUGUCACCAAUGCCCAAACCUGCGGGGCUGGGGAAACGUUCAACGAACAACAUGGAAGCUUCGCCUAUAGCGAUGACUCCAUUCAUGAUGGUGGGUUUGAUCGUGCACUUUCAUGGAAGAUAACGGCACCACCUCGACAACAGCUCUCUAUAGUGAUCGAUAAUUUCAUAACACCAACUUGUACAAAUGCUACCACAUGCACGUGCGCCUUCCUCGCUAUCAGAGAUGGAGAGUGCAACAACUCCCGCCUUCUAGGAAGAUACUGUGGUGCACAAAUUGACUCGCCCAGAUUCUCAUCAAGUGGAAGACAUCUUAGACUUGAGUUUGUUUCGAAAGGCAGAAAAAUCACGAAAAUCAAGGGACAUUUCACCGUGAGUUACUCCAGGGUGACGACAUGCUAUACCUGGCGAUCACAAACACACAAAUGCCCAAAUGCGAAUACCAAAUUGUCACAUAACGAAUGCUGUAUUAUGAACGGAAGGACAUCGUGUUGUUUCCUCGGACGACGCAAUUGCACUGAUAAAGGAAUGUACCGCAACAGAUCAUAUUGCCCGCGGCCACACGAUGACGCAUCCAAGACGGUGUGUUGUAUCGUUGACAACCAACCAUCGUGUUGUGAAAGUGGUGGUAACCAUUGCAAUGACAAAUGGAUGUAUAAUCGCUCUUACUGUCCUAGCACGGAUGAGGAGAAGAUGCAAGGCUCAGUGAUAUGCUGCUCUAAGGAAGACCGACCGUCAUGCUGUUCAAAACCCGCACCCCAAAUUCACGAGGCAUGCCGUCCCUUCGGAAAAGACUGGGCAGAGGGCACCUGCAUUUUCAUUUGGAUCCUCGUGGCGGGCUUGAUAAUCUUGGCGAUAGUCGUAGCCGUACUAGUGUGGCUGAAGUGGACUUGCUAUCAUUGCCUUGCCUACGCAAUUGUUCAGUGUUGGCCUAUGCUAUAUGAAAGAAUACGAACGUUCUUUAGAUAUCUAUCGUUCGCAGUAAGCCUCGUUGUCACAACUCUGUGUUUCACACUUGUCUGUUGUCCUUGUUUCGCUUGUUUUAGAGAAUGGCCCUGGAAAGCUGCCUACCGAAUCGUCUCCAGAAAAUUUGGGAUUGGCGCAGAAUAUAUGAAUGUACAAUGAGGAUGUCAGUACAACGUUUGACAUGAAAAUUAUAUAUAAGCAUAUGCCUGAUCGAGUCAUGAUGGUGGUGAAUUCUAAAUUAAUAUUAUUCUUUUAAUUUUGCAUGGUGACAUCAAGUACUUACGUGGUGUACCUAUACAAGCUAAUUUACUUAAAUAGAAACUCAUGGAACAUUCGCUGCUUGUUAAUUUUUUCAAACAUUGCAUGGCCUCAUUGUUUUCUGUGUUUGUGGGAAAUGAACGUAAACAAAAAGUCGCCACUUUUCCUGGUUAUCCCUUGCGUGAAAAAUAAGUGAAUAGCGGCAAAUGGCAAGCGUUUUUUCUAGGCGAAAAUGAAUAAACAUCAUGUUCAAUUUCGAAACAUGCUCGCAACGUGAAA